UCCUAACCCGCCAGGUGAACAAAAUCUCCCACCUUUUUUAACGGUCUCCUAAUCUCUUUUUUCCCUCUCAGAACUCUGGAUCUCUUCUCCACGACAAUACUUUCGCUGCCUUCAACUGAUCUAUAAUUGACUUCUACGGUUAUUUGAUCUGUGACACCAGAAGAAGUAGAUAUCAAAGACGAGGAGGAAAAAGAACUAAAGAGAUGUCUUCCAUGUCUGCGUUUCGAGAGCCCGAAGCAAGGCAUCAUGCCUAUAGCAGGAAGCAGAAAUCCCUUGGACUCCUGUGCUCUAACUUUUUGACUUUGUACAAUCGAGAUGGCGUUGAAUCAAUCGGACUGGAUGAUGCUGCAAACCGAUUAGGAGUUGAGCGGCGGCGGAUCUAUGACAUUGUCAAUGUAUUGGAAAGCGUUGGAGUCUUGGCAAGGAAAGCGAAAAACAGGUAUUCUUGGAAGGGAUUUGGGGGAAUUCCUCAGGCUCUAAAGGAACUUAAGGAAGAGGCUUUGAGGGAAAACUUAUUUAACACUUUUGAUGCCUGCAACUAUGGAAAAAUCUCAGAUGAUGAAGAUGAAAAAUCCUUGGAUCCUAACACCGUAAAUGGGGAUGACAAAUCAAGCCCCAACUCCGUUCUUAAGCCUUCCACAUCUUCAAAAGCUGACAACAGAAGAGAGAAAUCUCUCGGACUUCUUACACAGAAUUUUGUCAAGCUCUUUCUCUGCUCCAAUGCGGAUUUGAUCUCACUAGAUGAAGCUGCAAGGAUAUUGCUUGGUGAUGCCCAAAAUUCUUCACAGAUGAGAAAUAACUCUGCAGCAAAAGUUAGAAGGCUAUACGACAUUGCAAAUGUAUUGUCUUCCAUGAACCUCAUUGAAAAGACUCAUCACUCAGAGAGCAGGAAACCAGCAUUCAGGUGGUUGGGGAUGAAAGGAAAACCUGAGAACGGAUUUACCAAUUUGGAUUUGAAAGACACUAGGAAAAGAGUGUUCGGGGCUGACAUUACUAACACUAAUCUUAAGAGGACUAAGAUGGUUCAUUUGAAAGAUGAGAAGCUAAACCAGAAUACGAAAGCACAAAUGCAAAACCAGAUGGAUCAAGAGGAUUUGAACAAACAUAUUGAUAGAAAUCAGGCGGAACAACAGUCAAAGCAGAGUUCCAAAGGUUUUGUGUUUGGUCCUUUCAGUCCAGUUGGGAUUCCCAAAGUCAGUGAUUCCGAUAAGAACAGCUCCAACAGGGUGCAAGAUUGGGAGAGUCUAGCCUCUACUUAUCGUCCUCAAUAUCACAAUCAAGCUUUGAGUGACCUAUUUGCUCAUUACAUGGAGGCAUGGAAGUCAUGGUACAUUGAAGUUGCUGGCAAGAAACCAAUACAACAGCUCUCCUGAUUUACCCCUUUUCUUAAACUCUCCAUUAACUAAGUAGAGAUGUACAAUAAUGAAAUGCCAUUUUUUACUCCAUUUUUAUUGAGAAAGAAGAGAUGGCCUUAAAGUUGGGUGUGUAUGUACUCUAUGCACCAACUGGAAUGGCUGUCCUCCACUCCACAUCAUUACAUAAUGUCGACCUUUUUCUUUGUUUUUA